AUGGCCCCAGAGUCCAAAUUUACCAUCAAGGCUAUCAGGUCAUACAUCAUCGGAGGCGUAGGCUCCGGAGGUGACUAUCAUAACGUGAAGGGCGGUCAUUGGCUUAUUGACAGCGAUAUCUCGACGCCGUGUUCACGAUGGGAGCAGUUUCGCAAGUCGCGUACUAGCUGGGGCAUUAAUGUCCUCGGAUCAUUCCUCGUUGAGAUUGAAUCCGCCGAUGGCACCGUGGGCUUUGCUACUGGGUUUGGCGGACCUCCGGGCUGCUGGCUGGUGCAUCAGCAUUUUGAGCGUUUCCUCAUCGGGGCCGAUGCGCGCAAUACGAACCUUCUCUUCGAGCAAAUGUACCGAGCCUCCAUGUUCUACGGACGCAAGGGCCUCCCCAUUGCCGUCAUUUCUGUCAUCGAUCUGGCCCUAUGGGAUCUUGUGGGAAAGAUCAGAAACGAGCCUGUAUUCCGCAUGAUAGGAGGCGCCACCAAGGAGCGCGUCGACUUCUACUGUACUGGCCCGGAGCCUCCCUCCGCUCGUGACAUGGGCUUCUGGGGUGCCAAGGUGGCGCUCCCCUUUUGCCCAGACGAAGGCCAUGUCGGCCUGCGUAAGAACGUCGAGUACCUACGCAAGCAGCGUGAGCGUGUGGGGCCGGACUUCCCUCUGAUGGUGGACUGCUACAUGAGCCUCAACGUUUCGUACACGAUUGACCUUGUCAAAGCGUGCGCCGACCUCGACAUCAACUGGUGGGAAGAAUGCCUGUCACCCGAUGACACCGACGGCUUCGCGCAAAUUAAGCGUGCGCACCCGACUGUCAAGUUCACCACGGGCGAGCACGAGUACUCGCGCUUCGGCUUUCGCAAGCUCGUCGAGGGCCGCAACCUUGACAUCAUUCAGCCCGACGUCAUGUGGCUUGGCGGCCUAACUGAGCUGCUCAAAGUCUCCGCCAUGGCCGCCGCCUACGAUAUUCCCGUCGUCCCUCACGCAAGCGGUCCCUACAGUUACCACUUUGUCUUCUCCCAGCCCAACACCCCCUUCCAGGAGUACCUCGCCAACUCACCCGACGGCAAGUCUGUCCUCCCCGUCUUUGGAGACCUCUUCAUAGACGAGCCUAUUCCCACAAAGGGCUACCUUACCACCGCAGACAUUGAUAAGCCCGGCUUUGGCCUCACCAUCAAUCCGGCUGCCCGUCCCAAGCUCAUUUCUUCCUCGUACCUUCUCACCCCUCCGCCCGCCGCUGGCCUCACUCCAGCUACCCCUGAAAAGGAGGACAAGUCCGCGGAUGUAAAGUCCAACGGUUUCAUUGGUAACUUGACCGCGAAGGUUGACAGACUGACCUCGUCGUGA